AGGCAGUCCUCUCUCUCUCUCUCUGUGAGCCUGUGAGGCUGUGGAGCUGCAGGGACUUCAGAGAGGACGGAUCGGGCUGCAGGGACAGGAUGAAACGUUUAAACAUACAAAAAACCCAUUAGUCAGAUUAAUAGCUCUUUGAGAAGCGUCUGUGGUCUGUCUGGGAGAUGUCCAUGCAGAGGUCUGUGCUCGCUGUGGGGAAAUGUCUCGCCUGCCUGGAGUUCAUGCUGUUUCCAGUGUGGCGGGGGAUCGGGGCCAGUGGUGGCAUUGCAGGCGGGUGGAGCGAGGGCUGGGCACGCAGCUUGCGAUGGGAGCCGGACAUUCUGGGACAGAGGGUCCGGAUCCCGGUGUUUGACUACCCCGUCUGGGUUGUCCUCUGUCGUGGUGGACAAGCGAGGCUGAGGGAGGUUUGUGAGAGAGGGAGGGGGGCCAUCAGACUGCCCGCAGACAUGCUGAGCAUCAAGCUCCCCGAGCUCUUUCACAUCCACCAGAUCCCCAAGGUGUUCAGAGAGGACAGCAUCAUCUCUGGAUACCGUCACCCGCGGAGCUCAGCGCUGGACUGCGUCCUCAGCAGCUUCCAGAUGAACAACGAGACCGUCAACAUCUGGACCCACUUUCUGCCAACAUGGUACUUUCUGUGGCGUUUCUUCGUCCUCUGCUCCACCCUGAACUUCCUGACCGACAGCUACACCUGGCCCCUGCUGGUGUACAUGCUGCUCAUCUGCAUCUACCCCUUCACCUCCAGCUGUGCUCACACCUUCAGCACCAUGUCCCCCGAGUCCCGACACAUCUGCUACUUCUUCGACUACGGAGCGCUCAGCCUCUACAGUCUGGGUUGUGCCAUAAGCUACGGAUACUACGUCGUACCAGACAGCUGGGUGAACAGCUGGCUCCAUCAGCAUUUUGUCCCCAUCGCCGUGGGAAACACGCUUUUCUGCACCAGUCUGUCCUGUUACUCCAGGUUUCUGGAGCUGCAGUUUCCUCAGAGAAGUAAAGUUCUGAGGACUGGAGCGUUUGUCGUUCCUUUUAUAUUCGACACUGUUCCUCUCUUCUACAGGAUCCUCCUGUGCUGCGGGGGAAGCUGCAGCCCGAGCGACGCCUUAUCCAGUCACUGCUACCACCUGCUCUUCGCCUUCCUCACCUGUUUCCUGUUUACAGCCCACCUCCCGGAGAGGUUGGCCCCGGGGCGCUUCGACUACUUUGGCCACAGCCAUCAGCUCUUCCAUGUCAGCGCCGUGGUGGGCACCCACUUCCAGAUGGAGGGCGUGAUAGCAGACAUGAUGUCACGGAGGGCGUUGCUUGUAGCCCAUGGAGCCACGCCCUCCUUCCUGGGCACCAUCGGAGCGCUGGUAGUCAGCCUCGUGUUGAACCUGGGCAUCAUCGGCAUUUUCAGCGCCCCGCUGCUCUGGAAACCCUGCCACUCUAACUCCAACCAGCCGCACACGUCGACGAUGACGACGUGUGACCGCAAGGAGCAGUGACAGCAGGUUUUUUUUUUGUCCUUCAAUAUGGCUGCUUCACUUUCCAAAGGAAAGGUUGGGUCUGCUCGUUUGGGACGACUUCACAGCUCAGAGAAGUUCUUCUUUAACUCCUACAGUUUUAUAAUCCAGAGGUAAAGAUUUUUGAAACCGUGCUAAAGUUUGUUUCUAACGGCAUUACACGCCUGAAGUAUUCCUUCAUGUGUCUGCACAGAGGCUGAGGACCCAGAUGUUACAUGCAGUCGAUCUCAUUUGUGGGAUUCUGAAAACUUAUAUCUUGUAAAAAAAAAAUAAAAUAAGUGUUUAAUUUAUUUGAAAGUUUCCUCAGUUGUGCAUUUAAAGAAGCUCUGGGUUGAAGGAAGCCUGCUGUCGCGACACAACUCUUCCAGAAAGUGCCUUUUUUUUUAAAGGUUCACUUUCUUUACAAUGUUUACAGAGGAUCACUACAAGGACUCGUUUAAAUCUCAAACUGGAAAUGUCUGUUAUCACAGUUUGCAGGGAUUCUAUUUUGAAUGAAUGAUUCUUCUUUAUGGAAACACUAGACCAGGAUCUCCUUCACUGUGUUCAGAAGGCCUUUUGAGUAUAAUCUUUCUAACUGGACUGCCUUGUUACUGCGGUGGUGCGUGUGUUUGUACAGCUACACUCAUUCAACCCUACGUAAUAUCAUGCAAAUUGUGUUGCGGGCUCUUAAAUAUCCAACCUAUUGAUUCCACUCUGCACACACUGCGAUUGAUUUGCAGGCCAGUGGGCUUCUGUUUCCUUUUUUUUUUUUCUGAUUGCCUGCCUUAUUAUGAACACAACAAUCUGCCCUGAACAGGAGGAAGAGAAAAAAAAAAGAAAGAAACGUUAGAGCGCUGCGGUGGUGAUUAGAAGACAGGUACCAUUUUUGUAACAGAGCGUUUCCACGGCAACACUAUAGUGGCCUCAUGUCCCCUGAAGGUCUUGAGCAAUUUUUUACAUUUCUGAGCAAAUGGCACCGUUUUUCUCUUGUUCGUCCGUCACAUCUGAAGUCUUUUCUAGACAUUUGAAUUACUUGUAGCGCUUAUAGCCCCCCGUAACUCAUACAAAUGUAUCCCCUUUAGUAGCAUGUGUAUAUUUCCAUGCAUGUUAGAGUUCCAACACUUGUGGUUCAUGACAAGUUUUUGGUUGAUUUAAAAAAGAUAUUGAGAAAAAAAAGUCACAAUUAGCGGCUCUCCUCAUGUACUGUACUUUAUCUAAUGACCCAUUUAUCACUGAAGUAAUAACAGGCCACUUUAUUUAUAGUAUCUGUUAUUUUUAUAACAUCGGCGCUCCAAUAAUGCCUCUCUGUUUUUCAGGUGAAAGUCUGUUGCAUUAUGAUGCACAUUUUCUUAUUUACUGACAUUUAUUUCUAUAGAAAAUGUCUGAUUAUCUGAGAAUCAGGUUCAAAUCAUCUCAGAUUUCUUCACUUGUGUUAAGAGGAUCAAACGUUACAGACUGGAUAGCGGCCAAAUGACUCCAUAAGAUGCUGACAUGACAUCACUCACGAUCAUAUCUUUAAAGUAGUUUUUUUCAGAGUCUGGAGGGAGACACGGGGAGAGGGGGGGGGGGUCUCACUCAACCAAACAUCUCCAGUGUAGCACUGACAUACUGUAGGUACAGAUUUCAACCAUUUCUGUUUCUUAAUAUGACAAAUAUUUGGAAGGCUCAAACUGUAUAAAACCAGUUUAACAGCACUUACGGCACAAAUGUUCACUUAAUUCUACCUGUUUUAAAAAACACACUCCACGGGGGGGGGCACUGCACACACUCUCACUCACACACACACUCACACUCACUCACUCACACAAUCACUCGCUCGCUCACACACUCACUCACACACACACACACUCUCUUACACACUCACUCACACACUCACUCACUCACCCAAUCGCUCGCUCGCUCACACACUCACUCACACACUCGCUCGCUCACACACUCACUCACACACUCACUCACACACUCACUCACACACACACACACACAUACACACACUCACUCACACACUCACUCACACACUCACUCACUCACACACUCACUCACACAAACGUCUUUUAGCGCGCGGGUUUAAAGUUGUUUAAGAGGGAAAUCGUAUGUGAUAUGAAGGGAAUGAGGAGUGUUGGAAGUCGGACAAAGAGAGGAAGUGUAGAAUCACAAAGAGCACACACACACACACACACACACACACUUUGUGUUAGAGCAGAGGAGUCGUUUAAGAUGUUUUCAAGGUUAGCGUGCAGAGUAGAGGAGUCACUCCGUCUUUUUUAUACGUCGCAGAUAAAAACAGAGAAGUAUUAACCCACGGUGUGGUUUCCGCCUGACUCUGUUUCUGUUUCAGCAUCGAUCUUUUUUCAAAUUUCUCCACAGUCGUCACCACAACGAUUUCUGAGUUUGACCACGUCGGUUCUUGAGAUUGCACCAUCACUCGAUUGUGAUGCAGGUUUUUUUCCAUCGAAAUGAAAUAGUUUGGAGCUGGUUUAUUUCUCAGCUGCUGCUUCAGACGUCGCCUCCCUCGCUGUGUGCCUGGGACUGUUUCAGCAGGGUGACGUCAUGUAGACGGGUUCUGAUAGAGUUUUUCUCUGAAAUACAUUUUAACCAGAUUAUCUUUGCCUAGAUGAAAAAAAAAAGAAAACACCAGACCGGAUCACUGUUACUGUGAAGGUGUGCAAACCUUCAUCUGUGUUUCUCCUCAGUCAAUACGAUGCAGAUGCAGGUUUUCAUUUUCAGGAAUUAAACGGACACAUAUCUUGUGAAAACUUCUUUAAAAACAAAUGUUUGAAAACGUGAGAGGAGAGUAAAGAUGAAGGCGGGAUGAAAAAAACAAUUGUUCAAAAUAAACAGGGUUUAUAAGAAUAACUGGUGCCUUUUUUAAAAAAUGUUUUAUACAACCUUUUUUUGAUAUAAUGCUCCAUUCAUUCCAACAACAAACUACUCGUUCAAAUGUAUAAAUACGUGUUUGUUCUUUGCUGUGUAUAAUUUGUGAUUUGCUACGUUGUUGUACUAGACUUGUGUAAUAAAUUAAGCCUUUUAUAAAUGUAA